GUAACGCGCAGUGGUUUGACGUGACACGCGGCACCGGUGAGAUGUGGAAAGCUGAAGGUUCGGAGAACAUGAUAAAUGAUAAACCUCUGUUCGCAGAAAAUGGACUUACAGAUAUAUAAUAUGCAACUUUCCUGCCUACAUGAAUAACAGCUAAAUAUUUUUCAUUGUACCCAUAGAACAGGAACCUCUACAAUCUGGAAGUCUUGAUUCAAACUGCAAUUUUCUGAGGCUCCCAAGCAUGAUGAAUACUUCUUGGUUCACAGUCAUUGCCAUAUUUGUGUUUUCCUAUAUUUAUCGUAUUGUUUCUCAUCCCAAACCGGAGUUAUGGUUCCAAGAACUCUUCCCCCUUAAGGUGUGUCCAGCCAAUGCCAGCAUGGAAACAUUUUAUGGCAUCAUGUUUGAUGCAGGAAGCACAGGGACACGAAUUCAUAUUUACACCUUUAUACAGCGAAGCCCAGAAAACCCUGCAGAGUUAAAAGGGGAAGUGUUUGAAUCAGUGAAACCAGGUCUCUCAGCAUAUGCCAAUCAGCCUAAGAAGGGUGCUGAAACGAUCAGAAAAUUAUUAGAAAUGGCUAAAAAUGCUGUACCACCAAGUCACUGGAACAAGACCCCCGUAGUAUUGAAAGCCACUGCUGGUCUGCGGUUGUUAUCAGAGUCCAAAGCUCAGGCUCUACUCUCACAAGUCAGAAUGGUCUUUGAGGAUUCACCAUUUUUAGUUCCUGAUAAUAGUGUUAGCAUAAUGGAUGGAUCUUAUGAAGGUAUUUUAGCCUGGAUCACUGUGAAUUUUUUGACAGGGCAGUUGUAUGGCCAAGAGCAGCAGACAGUUGGAACUCUGGACCUGGGAGGAGCUUCAACUCAAAUAACUUUCCUGCCACAGCUGGAGGAAACCUUAACAGAAACUCCAGUGGACUUUCUUACCUCAUUUCAAAUGUUCAACAGCACUUAUAAACUCUACACACAUAGCUAUUUGGGACUUGGACUGAAAGCUGCUCGGUUGGCAACAUUAGGAGCUUUGAAUUUGGAAGUCUCUCUUGAAGCAUUUGGACAGACAUUCAGAAGUUCUUGUCUGCCACGACAGCUGGAAGCAGAAUGGUAUUUUGGUGGAGUAAAAUACCAGUAUGGUGGCAAUACAGAAGGUGAAACUGGAUUUGAACCAUGUUAUUCUGAAGUAUUGAAGGUUGUACAAGGAAAAUUACAUCAACCAGAUGAGAUUCAGAGAAGUUCCUUUUAUGCCUUUUCCUAUUAUUAUGAUCGGGCAGUAGACACUGACCUUAUAGAUUAUGAGAAAGGUGGUGUUUUACAUGUGAGAGACUUUGAAAAAAAAGCCAAACAAGUUUGUGAUAAUCUGGAUAACUAUAGCUCUGCCAGCCCCUUUUUAUGUAUGGAUCUCAGUUACAUUACAGCUUUAUUAAAAGAAGGCUUUGGAUUUGGAGACAGCACAGUUUUACAGCUGGCAAAGAAAGUCAAUAACAUAGAGACAAGCUGGGCUUUGGGGGCUACCUUUCACCUUCUACAGUCUCUAGGACUCUCCUACUAGGAAAACAGAAGAUUUGCAUUUCUUGCAGGAGCCAUUCUGAUCAGCAGAGAAUAAAAUUACAGACCAAAGUAGAAGAAAAGUUUUACUUUUAAGAACUGCAGUUUAACAGAAAUCCUUCUACAGUGGUAAGACCUAACUACCUAACUGAUGCCAAAGAACCUUGAAACACAUUAGGCAUCAUUUCUGUCAAGUCAUGAAUGCAUAUUUGGCACCAGCACAUCCAAUGUUGGACUUGCUCCGUGAGCUCUUUUAUCUAUGAAAUUCUGAAUGUUCACAUCAAAGAAGUAGCUUAGUUUGAUUUAAAAAACAAACAAACAAACAACAAAACCAAAGUGUAUUAUUUACCUUUCCCGUAAGUUGUUUGAAACUAAGGAGUUAUCUUUCUAGGGUUAGUUGGUUCUUAAACAUGGAUAAAUAUGUUAUUUUAUUCAAUUAUAGGUAUAUUAGUUGGUGAGGAGUAUUAGCAAAAAGAUUUUAGGGAUCCCCACAAGGAAUUGUUUCAGGUUUUAUUUUUCUAAAGUUGAAAGAGAAAAGUCCUCUGUAACUGUUCUUUUUUAUGUCAGUCAAUGAGGUUUCUUUGGGUUAAAUCAUUAACUUCCUCCUCAGUCAACUC